GCACACCCCGUGAGAUACUCCGCCGGAGAACAUGUUUCAGAAUCGAAUUCACCCGUGGAAGAGUGAGCGUUAAAACAGUUUUUCAUUUUCAAUGUCUACCGCUUAUUGUUAAUGUUUGAAUAAAUUAUUGUGCAUCGCUUAAUAAUAAGUAAAAUAGUUAUAACGAAAUAAGAGCUGUUAAAGUCUUCGAUUUUAAAAAAUUCAAGGAACGUGAGAUUGUAACAAGAAAGGUGAUCAAAACGUAACGAAACGUCAACACUAUCGUUGCAGGUAACAGUUUUUAGAGACUGUUCUAAUUGUUAAUAAUUUUGAGAAUUUUUAAGUUUAAAAAGAAAAAUAUCGCGAAGAGAUAUUACAAAGAAAAUUAACGAAGAAAUAUCGGUAACGUCCUAAAGGAAAAGUUGAAUUCUAUGACAGGAUAACACUCCUCGCGUGCAGCAAAGAUGGCCGAGUUGAAGGAGCAACCAAUCAGGAGAGAGCACGAUUCGAUGGACGAUUUUGAGCACCUCGAACACGUCCAGGAUGGGCAAUCAACCCACCUUGAAACUCAUACCGAGAAAGUAGAUAGAAGUGCGAAGGAUAAUUUCGAUAUGGAUCAAGAUAUGAUCAACUUUUCCUUGAAUCAAUCAUUAAAUGAACCAGAAGAUUCUAAAAAAGCGACUAUGUUAUUAUUGGAGUCAGAAAAAGGAAAACCGGCUGAGGAAAGUAAUUUUGAGGUUAGAUCAAAGGAACCGGAAUUCGACUUGUUAUCAGGCAAAAUAGAGGACCAAUCGGACGUUAUGAAAAUCGAUCCGGUUACUAAACAGGCAGAUGAGAAGCAAGAGAUCGCCGAAAAGGAAGAAGUUAAGGAAACCAAAAUUCCAGAUCGCGAACCAGAAAUUCCUCCCUCUACUGAGAAAAAAUUGGAUAAUUCAUGGAAUGUUAUUGAAAAAUCUCCACCUGUUUCGGAGUCAAUUUCGAAACCAGAGAGAAAAGCAGAAAGUGUAAGUGAGUAUGUGGUUGAGCAUGUAGAGAAAAAGGAACGGAUCAGUGCACCAGAAACCGGGGAAUCGGAAUUUGAGUCCGAAAUCGAAGCAUCACCGGCAAAGAGUUUCAAAUCGAUCAAGCAGGAAGUAAGACGAGAACCGAUAGAAGUGGAAAUUGCUCCAAAGGAGAUUUUCAGUAGCAUGGGAAUCGACGCAUGGUUUAAUCCUGAUAGACUGAAUCCAAAAGUGGCAGCUUUAAUUUAUUGGCGCGAUCCAAAGAAAUCAGGCCCCGUGUUCGGGUGUAUACUCGGCGUGCUCCUCUCGCUGGCCUACUUCAGCUUGAUAAGUGUUCUUGCUUAUUUGUCACUUCUUAUCCUCACAGGCACCGUUGCCUUUAGGAUUCACAACACCGUUCUUCAAGCUAUUCAGAAAACUUCCGAUGGGCAUCCUUUCCAGAACAUUUUGGAAAUGGAUUUAACAUUGCCCGCGGAGAAGGUGCACGAAGUGGCAGACGUGGCUGUUGCACACUUAAACGCAGCGGUCAGUGAACUUCGUAGGCUCUUCCUUGUCGAGGAUUUCGUCGACUCUUUAAAAUUUGGUGUCCUUCUUUGGUGUCUCACCUACGUGGGUUCUUGGUUCAAUGGCAUGACUCUAGUCAUAAUUGGAGUGGUUGCCUUAUUCACACUGCCGAAGGUCUAUGAGACAAAUAAGGCACAAAUUGACCAGAAUCUAGCACUGGUACAAAGCAAAAUCAACGAUCUCACUACUAAAGUGAAAGCUGCGAUACCGUUUGGCAAGAAAGAGUCAAAGAAGGAAGAAUAAAUGUGAGAAUAUAUCAUCACGCGGGGGCAAAAGAAGCUUAAGCGAAUUUGUCGGACAAUUGCGGAAUCCAUGCAAGAACGAAAUACAGAGUGGUCACGUGAGAGAACCGAAAAGAUAAUGCAGAAGAACAAAAUGAAAUUAAAAAAGGAAAUAAAGAACAAAACAUAUGAAGAUCGAACGAAGAAUGGUGAAAGGGAAAUAUUUAACAAAAAUUGCAGAGUACUCAAAGAAACUAAACAACGGAGAAAAGAUGAAAUGUAACACCAGCGUCAAAAAGAAGAGCACAAUGAAGACAUAUAUAUAUAUAUAAUACAUAUAUAUUAUAUAUUAUAUUAUAUAUUAUAUUAUAAUAUAUAUAUAUAUAUAUAUUAUAAAUAAUAUACCAAGAAAACGAAAGAUACAGAAAAAUCAAGUUCUUAGCAUUGUAAGAUUUAAAGUAACUGGAUAAUUUUUUUAAAUUCUGAAAUUCCUAUGUAUGAAAAAAUAAAAAAUCGUAAAAAAGUAGCUACAAUAGAAGCAUGGCUUGCAAAGAAAUUGUAAUGGAAGAUUAUUGAAAAUAUAUGUAUAUGUAAAAAAAAGAAGAAGGAAAAAUAAAAUUACCUAAAAUGAAUGGGUAUCUCCAGAAGAACAAAGAGUUGGAAAUGUGAAAAAUCGCAAUGAAAGAAACACUGCUUUGAAAAAAAGAACAGCGAGAAAAGAUUACAAGGUAAUAAGGAAAAGAAUGCCUUUUCUCAAUGUUUUGGAAGUUCGGCAGCUGGAUUUCAAUGUCCGACGAUGUCGUAAUGCGAGUUUUCCUUUUCUGGAUCUAUACAAGCUGUCCCUGUUAAUCGAAAUAAAUGGAAAGAAGUAACAUUUAGCGAUUAUGUUAAUUUGUUGCAACGCGAGAGGCGAAUAGAGCCCUUUGGUGUACUCUAUGCAAAAACCAUAAACGGUGCAAUGCGUGUGUCUCUUAGGGGGUUCCCGGUUUUUCUUCCUUUUUUUUGUUUUUUUCCUCGCACUCUCCCACAUCAGUCUAAACUGACCUUUCUUCUUUAAAUAGAAUGAUAUGCGGUCCCAUUGAGAUCAAUCAUGAUUAAUCAUUUAGUUCUUAGAAAAAAUUUUUUUAAUUUCAUAAUAGAAGUUAUUCAGAAAUAUCUUUGGCACAAAGAUGACGAGAGGGGUGUUUUCCUUUUUCUUCUUUUAGCCAUUAGCGUUUGAAAUUUGUACUUUUCACCUUUUUUCUUUUUCUGAUUGCAUAUUCAUCAAGAUGACUGAAAUUGGUAAUUUGUUUUGUAAUAAAAUAUUGGUCUGUCUCUCAUUUUUAGUAGUCUUACAAUAAAUUCAAACGAAUACUGUUUACAAACUUGAAUUUUAUAACGAAAAUUUUAUGUAAUGCUGUUUUAUUCUUUAACAUCACAUAAUAAAUGCACGCAUUGGAACGUAUGACACUAAUAUUACAUGAUUAUAUUCAAAUGUUAAGAAUGAAAUAAUAUAGGUGUCUUAAAGAUAUAUGGAAAAUCUUUUUGUUUUCAAUAAAUUUUGUUUAUCUUCAACGAUCUAGAUAAUUUCGUUAUGAGAAACUGAUCUAAAAUCCAUUUUAAUAUUUAUUUUAAACAAAGCCUUCUAAGAUUUCUACUAUUUUUUUCAGUAUGCGACUUUAAAUCAGUUUCCUGGAUUUUUAUUUGUAACAUAAUAUUCGUACUUGCUUUUAGAAGCAUGUAAAUAUACAUUCUACUUUUCUGUUUUUAAUUUUGUUUCUUUAAUAAAAUAUAUUGGCGACUAUUCCCGUUUUCAUCUGUGAACCGGUAUUUUCAAAAAUGAUUUAUUUAUGUUGUCUAUAAUAUGUUCUUUAAGCUGCGUAUAAAACACGUUACAACUUAUAUCUUACAAUAUAUACGCAUAUUUACAGAUAUAUUGCAUCAGCAUAAGUUAAUACAUCAAGAAAUAAGGUUUAUAUAAUUGUAAAUACAGAUCUUAAAAUUCUAUCAAUUGUUUUAGCAAAAGCCUCUCGCUCUUUUUGCUAUUGUUAAAUGUUUCGUUUAAAAAAUAAACAAAGGAAAGGAUAAUUGUUAACAGUAACAGUCAAAUAUGACCCUGAGAAAAUAACUUAAAACUUCUACUUUAUAUAUAAUUAAUUGCCUUUAAAAAGUCAUUUUUUUAUACAGGGGAAGAAUGCGUUACAUAUGUAUGAGUGGAUGUAAAAAGAGGGACAAAUAGACUGAGAUAAUAAAGAAAGAUAAAUUAGAAAGUUA